CCUAUGUUCUGAUGCUGUGGUUGAGAUAUAGCAGGAUGGUAGGAGAGUGUUUCCCUGGCCAACCUUGUAGACCUAAAAGAGAUGAGGGCUAAGAAGUUAUUUUGUAUAAUGUGAAUUGAUAUCCCUUGGUAUCAGGCCACUCUGAGUAUAGUAUUACCCAACUACUUUACUAUAGGCUGGGAAAAAGAUGGCCACAAGUCUAAAAGAAUUGCAGUUAAGGGUGAACUGGUUAUCAUAGGUUUGCAUAGGUGUGACCCGUAAAUGUCUUACUCAUUGCAUUUGAAUUGUGUUGCUUUAGCUGAGUUCUGUUUCAGGAAAAUUCUUUUGAGAAUGAAAACUGGGUGUAUCUUACUUUCACUUUCUAAUCCUAAAGCAAACUGUGUAAGCAACUGGCUUUGUGUAUUUUAUUUCAUUCCCUCCCGUCACGGCAUCAGGCAGGCUUCAGGAAACUCUUCAAAUGUCCAACAUGGAAGAAAUCUAUGAAAUAACGAAUGAUAUUAAAAGCUUCAGCCUUAAUGACUGCCCUGAAGGCAACCAGGGCUACGAUCGCGUCCACCUCCAGCUCUUUGGGUUUUUAGGACAUGGAAAAUCCUCCUUCAUCAACACCUGCAAGUACGUCUUGGAUGAUGGGGAGUACAAGGUCUACGCAGAUGUCUCCAAGACACAAGGUGGGAACACAACAGCCAGAAUAACGUAUCCGCUGACCGACACCCUGACCCUGGUGGACAACCGCGGCUGCUCCAAGUUGGAUGAUUAUGAAACAGGAGAGGUUUUUGCUCAGCUGGCAAAUUUGUUACCUGUGGAUAAAGAAGUGGAGUGGAGCAGAGAGUUUGGGCUCACUGAAAGAAUUGUCAGGGCUGAAAGAUUAGUAAAAUCAUCAGACUUCAUCUUCCCAAUCUUUGUGUACAGUGUGAAAAAAGGCCUGCAACCGCAGGAGGUACCGGCCAUCAAACAAAUGCUCGAAUUUGCUAGAGAUGUAACAGAAAUAUUUCCCGUCGUUGUCCUCACCCAUAAGACUCAAGGAGAUGUGAAUGGAAUAGAGAGAACCUUUAAGAACAUGGGAGUGGAGUGGCUUUUUUCACUUGAAAAUUUCACCCCUGAAGACCACUUAAAGACACGAGGAAGACACUGGGGUGUCCUGGGGUUCUUUUGUGAGGUAAUUAAAGAUCUUCAGUUCCGCCUGGAGCGACUGGGGGAUCCGGAUGAUCGAAGGGAGCAACGGAAGCUAAAGGUUCUCCGAUUCAUAUCUGAUAGAGAAGUGAGAAUGAAACAGGAAGAAAUGGAAAGACUACAUAGAACUACAAUAAUACCCAAUCAACAGCCUUCCUGCACUUUAAUUUAAACAUUAUUAAAGGGUAAGGUUGCCACCUUUUUAUUGGUCAGCAGGGGGGAGGAAACAAAAGGGGUGGGGCGGUGAUGUAGGAGGGGCGGGGAUAAAAGGUGUGGGGAUAUGGCGUCACAUUACGAGGAGGAUGGGGGAAGAAGAAAAAGGAAGGGUAAGUGGGGGUGGGUUCAUAAAAUAAUGCAUAAUUAGAUACUUUAUGUAAAAAUUGUGAAAAUAUCACACUGUGAAGGAGAAAUAAGCCGAAGUAAAUGGGAACAAAUCCAUGCAAAUCUAUGAAACGUGCAAAAACAGUUACCGUAAUCUUCAAAAAAAUGGGGAGAAAUUGACUUUUGAUAUCAUAUUGGUAUCAUCUGUACCUGAUUUAAAGUGAUACUAACACUAAUAAAAUACUGCUUAAAAC